GCCCGGCUGCCCUCCAUGUCCAAGGUUCCAUCUUCUUACCCUCUCUCACCACAUAGCCCAUACCCCCCUUUCUCUCCAGACUAUCCCUCUUUCUCUCUCUCAAUAAAAAUUGAUCAAAGGAGCAACCCAGAGCUAGAGAGAGAAAACCCGCACAGAAAGUCGAAAGAAAUGAAGCAGAGUUCACCUGAGGCAGUCUCAUCUUCAUCCUCUGCACCCGUCCCAUCCGACCAAUCGCAGCCGUCCGCCUCGCCAUCGUCGGACAAGGCUUCAUCGACAUCGACGGCGGCGGCGGCGGAGGACCCUGCGGUGGGGUCUAGGGACGGCGGGGGCGGGGCCCAGGAGAGCGUGACGGUGGAGCGGCGCGGCGAGUUCUCUGCCGUGUGCAAGUGGACGGUCCAGAAUUUUCCCAGAGUCAAGGCUAGGGCUCUAUGGAGCAAGUACUUCGAGGUGGGCGGCUACGAUUGCCGCCUCCUCGUGUACCCCAAAGGUGACUCUCAGGCUCUGCCCGGCUACAUCUCCGUCUACCUCCAAAUCAUGGACCCGCGCGGCACAUCGUCGUCCAAAUGGGACUGCUUCGCCAGCUACCGCCUCGCCAUCGUCAACCUUCUCGACGAUUCCAAGACCAUCCACCGCGACUCCUGGCACCGCUUCUCCAGCAAGAAGAAAUCCCACGGCUGGUGCGAUUUCACUCCCUCCUCCACCGUCUUCGAUUCCAAAUUGGGUUUUAUCUCCGGCAACGACGCCGUGUUGAUCACCGCCGAUAUUCUGAUCCUCAACGAGUCCAUUAGUUUCACCCGCGACAACAAUGAGGUUCAGUCCUCGUCGGCCUCAUCCACGGUUUCGUCCUCGGUGGUCGCCGGCCCGGUGUCGGACGUCCUGAGCGGUAAGUUCACCUGGAAAGUGCAUAAUUUCAGUUUGUUUAAGGAAAUGAUUAAGACGCAGAAGAUAAUGAGCCCGGUGUUCCCGGCCGGAGAGUGCAAUCUUAGGAUUAGCGUGUACCAGAGCUCGGUGAAUGGGGUGGAGUAUUUGUCCAUGUGUUUGGAGAGUAAGGACACGGAGAAGACGGUUGUGUUGUCCGAUAGGAGUUGUUGGUGUUUGUUUCGAAUGUCGGUUUUGAAUCAAAAGCCGGGCUCGAAUCACAUGCAUAGGGACUCCUAUGGGAGGUUUGCGGCGGAUAAUAAGAGCGGGGACAAUACCAGUUUGGGUUGGAAUGAUUAUAUGAAGAUGUUGGAUUUUAUCGGGCCGGAUUCAGGGUUUCUGGUCGACGAUACCGCGGUGUUUAGCACAUCCUUUCAUGUGAUCAAGGAGUUUAGUAGCUUUUCCAAGAGUGGGGGGUUGGUUGGAGGGAGGAGUGGGAGUGGCGCGCGGAAGUUGGAUGGGCAUUUGGGGAAGUUUACUUGGAAGAUCGAGAAUUUCACGAGGUUGAAGGAUCUUUUGAAGAAGCGGAAGAUUACGGGGCUUUGCAUCAAGAGCAGGAGGUUUCAGAUUGGGAAUAGGGAUUGCCGUCUCAUUGUUUAUCCACGAGGGCAGUCUCAGCCACCAUGCCAUCUUUCUGUGUUUCUUGAAGUUACGGAUUCACGAAAUACUUCCAGUGAUUGGAGUUGUUUUGUCAGUCACCGGUUGUCCGUUGUGAACCAGAGGAUGGAAGAGAAGUCUGUCACGAAGGAAUCUCAGAACCGCUACUCCAAAGCUGCAAAGGACUGGGGUUGGCGUGAAUUCGUGACGCUCACUAGUCUAUUUGAUCAAGAUUCUGGGUUUCUUGUUCAGGACACAGUUGUAUUCUCUGCGGAGGUUCUUAUAUUAAAAGAGACAUCAAUAAUGCAGGACUAUUCUGACCAGGAAACUGAGUCUAAUAAUACUGGUUCACAGCCAGACAGAGUUGGGAAAAGAUGUUCAUUUACAUGGAAGGUGGAGAACUUCCUGUCCUUUAAGGAAAUAAUGGAGACUCGUAAAAUCUUUAGCAAAUUUUUUCAAGCUGGUGGAUGCGAGCUUCGGAUUGGUGUGUACGAGUCCUUUGAAACCAUUUGUAUAUAUUUGGAGAGUGAUCAGUCAGUUGGUAGUGAUCCGGAUAAAAACUUUUGGGUUAGAUACAGGAUGGCUGUGGUGAAUCAAAAGAACCCGGCGAAGACUGUGUGGAAGGAGUCUUCUAUUUGUACAAAGACAUGGAAUAAUUCCGUCUUACAAUUUAUGAAGGUUUCGGAUAUGUUGGAAGCGGAUGCAGGAUUUCUUCUGCGUGACACAGUCGUUUUUGUUUGUGAAAUAUUAGAUUGUUGCCCUUGGUUUGAGUUUUCAGAUCUAGAGGUUUUGGCUUCGGAGGAUGAUCAGGAUGCUUUGACAACUGAUCCUGAUGAGCUCAUUGAUUCUGAAGACAGUGAAGGAAUAAGUGGAGAUGAAGAAGAUAUAUUUAGAAACCUUCUCUCUAGAGCUGGUUUUCACCUCACAUAUGGGGAUAAUCCUUCACAGCCGCAGGUCACCCUACGAGAAAAGCUUCUAAUGGAUGCAGGUGCAAUUGCUGGGUUUCUUACCGGACUUCGUGUUUACCUUGAUGACCCUGCUAAAGUAAAGCGCUUACUUCUUCCAACCAAGCUCUCUGGUGGUAAUGAUGGAAAGAAGGCCCCAAAGUCCGAUGAAUCUUCCCCCAGUUUGAUGAACUUGCUGAUGGGAGUCAAAGUUUUGCAGCAGGCAAUCAUUGAUUUACUUUUGGAUAUUAUGGUUGAGUGUUGCCAGCCUUCUGAAGGGAGUUCUAAUGGUGAUUCUUCUGAUGCAAACUCAAAACCUUCUUCCAAUGGCAGUGGAACUGCAACUCCACUGGAAUCUGAUAGGGAGAAUGGAGCAACAGAAUCUGUGCAAUUUCCUACUGUAUAUGAGAGAUUGGAUUCUGGUGUCGAUGAAGGUGGCAGUGCAUCUGCUGUACAAAGCUCUGACAUGAAUGGGCCAGCCAUACCAGAAAAAGCUCUUCCUGGACAACCCAUUUGUCCACCAGAAACAUCUGCUGGGGAUUCAGAACAUGUGUCCCUUCGCUCAAAGACGAAGUGGCCGGAGCAAUCUGAGGAGCUCUUAGGAUUGAUUGUUAACUCGCUGAGAGCCCUAGAUGGAGCUGUUCCACAGGGCUGUCCGGAACCAAGACGACGGCCGCAGUCUGCUCAAAAGAUUUCUCUUGUGUUGGAUAAAGCUCCUAAGCAUUUGCAGGCAGACCUUGUUGCUCUGGUACCCAAAUUGGUUGAUCAGUCUGAACAUCCACUGGCUGCUGGUGUGCUUCUUGAACGACUUCAAAAGCCAGAUGCAGAACCUGCAUUGAGGAUACCUGUUUUUGGUGCUAUUAGUCAACUGGAGUGUGGCACUGAAGCGUGGGAACAUGUUUUAUUUCAAUCUUUGGAGCUUUUGACAGGCUCAAAUGAUCAACCUCUUGUCGCGACCAUAGAUUUUAUAUUUAAAGCUGCAUCUCAGUGCCAACAUCUUCCUGAAGCGGUCAGAUCUGUUCGUGUUAGGCUAAAAAGUUUGGGUGUUGAGGUGUCUCCUUGCGUCCUUAAUUUUUUAAGUAAAACUGUAAAUAGUUGGGGAGAUGUUGCUGAAACCAUACUUAGAGAUAUUGAUUGUGAUGAUGAUUUUGGUGAAAAUUGCCCAACAAUGCGUUGUGGGCUUUUCUUAUUUGGUGAAUAUGGGCCUACUUUUGAAGGGCUGCAUCUGGUGGACGAGCAGGCUUUCCGUGCUGGUCGUCAUUUUUCCGACAUUUAUAUCCUGAUCGAAAUGUUAUCUAUACCUUGCCUUGCUGUUGAAGCUUCCCAAACAUUUGAGAGAGCUGUAGCUCGAGGUGCGAUUGUGGCUCAGUCAGUGGCCAUGGUCUUGGAAAGGCGCCUUGCUCAAAGAUUGAAUCUUAAUGCUAGUUUUGUUGCUGAAAAUUAUCAGCAUACAGACACUGUAGUAGAGGGAGAGGCCAAUGAGCAGCUGACAAUCCAACGAGACGAUUUUACUUCAGUCCUUGGUCUUGCUGAGACGUUGGCCCUCUCAAGAGACCCUUGUGUGAAGGAAUUUGUGAAGAUCCUUUACACAAUAUUGUUUAAAUGGUAUGCUGAUGAGUCUUACCGAGGAAGGAUGCUAAAGCAACUUGUUGACCGUGCCAUCAGCACUACAGAUAAUAGUCGUGAAGUAGACUUAGAUUUGGAUAUAUUGGUCACCUUGGUUUUUGAGGAGCAAGAAAUUAUCAGACCAAUUUUAAGCAUGAUGCAGGAGGUUGCUGAACUUGCAAAUGUUAAUCGAGCUGCUCUUUGGCACCAGCUAUGUGCUAGUGAAGAUGAAAUUAUUCGGAUGCGUGAAGAAAGAAAAAUUGAAAUUUCCAAUAUGGUUAGAGAAAAAGCAGUCAUAUCUCAAAAACUGAGUGAAUCCGAGGCCAACAACAAUCAUCUCAAGUCUGAAAUGAGGGCUGAGAUGGAUCGUUUGGCUCGGGAAAAGAAGGAGCUCUCCGAGCAAAUACAAGAAGUUGAGAGUCAGCUUGAGUGGCUUCGCUCAGAGCGGGAUGAGGGAAUUGCAAAGCUCACGGCUGAGAAGAAAGUCCUUCAGGAUCGUCUUCAUGAUGCAGAGACACAACUUUCCCAAUUAAAGUCCCGUAAACGUGAUGAAUUGAAGAAAGUAAUGAAGGAGAAAAAUGCUCUUGCUGAAAGGUUGAAGAAUGCGGAGGCUGCACGGAAAAGAUUUGAUGAUGAACUGAAACGGUAUGCCACAGAGAAUGUGACUCGAGAGGAAAUCCGACAGUCACUUGAGGAUGAAAUUCGGCGAUUGACACAAACAGUGGGGGAAACUGAGGGAGAGAAGCGGGAGAAGGAAGAGCAAGUUGCUCGGUGUGAAGCAUAUAUUGAUGGGAUGGAAUCUAAAUUGCAAGCGUGCCAGCACUAUAUUCACACCCUCGAGGCUUCACUCCAGGAAGAAAUGUCGCGACAUGCUCCUCUUUAUGGUGCCGGUUUGGAAGCUUUAUCAAUGAAGGAAUUGGAGACAUUGUCACGUAUUCAUGAAGAAGGGCUGAGGCAGAUCCAUUCCCUUCAACAGCGGAAAGGGACUCCAGCUGGUAGUCCUCUUGUGAGCCCCCACACCCUUCCACACAAUCAUGGGUUGUACUCCGCUGCACCACCUCCAAUGGCGGUCGGAUUGCCUCCGUCACUCAUACCAAACGGGGUCGGUAUCCACAACAAUGGGCAUGUGAAUGGUGCGGUUGGACCCUGGUUCAACCACACUUGAAUUCUCUGGCCACGGUCCAUUUUGCCAAAUAUAGAAAAUGUUCACUCAAUUCAGUAGAGCUGGGUGUCAUCUCAAUAUGAAAGGAUGCUAUUUUUCUUUUUAGAGUUAUUUUUUUGGGCAUCGUGGCUGGUAGAACUGUUGGAACACGUGGAAAAGAGGGAGUGGGGGAGGAAUGACUGAUGAAGGUUGGAUUUGGGGGGAGAGGGUUGGUUUUAGAAUUGAAGUUAGGAAGUGAGUCCAAUAGAACUAACAGUUGCAAAUGCCAUAAUCAUUGGCAUCUUCUUCUUAAAAAAUUUAAUCAUAGGCCUUCUGAAAAGUUUUGUUAA